AUGACGUCAAUUGCUUCCGAAUCCGUGGCCACGAUCCUCUGCACCAGCAAGCAGACGCGUUUCAAUAUCCAGACCGCAGACCAUCGCGAGUUGGAUAUUGACGGCCUUAACAUCACCGUCACUUCAGCUGGGAAGCCCGGCGCAAAAGGCAAGUCCAAGGCCCGAAGUGACGGGACCGAAAUCCUUGUCGACGCCAAGCUGCGUCUGAAGGCCGGCCAGCGGUACGCACUCGUCGGAAGAAAUGGCUCCGGAAAGUCGAGUAAGAACAAAGCGUCCAAGACACUUUGA